AUGCUGUGUGCCCCUUCCCCCUCGGUCCCCCCCUUCCCCCCCAUCCCUGCUCGAAUCCAGCCUGCGCCCGCGCCUGCUGCGUCCGUCGUCGCCAGCUCAACUCGACCCGACGGCCCAUCCGGUGCCCACCAAAAGGCUCCGCGUCGGACGCGUGCCGACGCGACAAGACGAGGUCAUCCUAGCCCGACAGUGGUCAAUCGUUCAAGACGGGUCCUUGUGCGAUGUGGGUCCGAUGGUCAUCCCUCCCCUUUCCUGCCCCUUGCCCCCUCCUCCCUUGCUCCCCCCUCCCCUGCCCUCCCCUCUCGACACGCCCGCGAGCCCGCCUUGUCCGUGCUCGCGCUUGUCCGGGCUCGCGCGUGCGUUGGCACGACAUCUUGGGCCACUUGCCGCCAGCUCUCCCUCGCCUGUUUGCUCCCGGAAUAGCCCUGUCCUAGCAUCAUUACUGACGUCACGCUUUGUAUAGGUACCCGACCACGACUUCUAGCUCGAUCGACCCAACCGCCGUGUAUGCCUCUCAGGCCAUCGGCUCACAACAACCGCUCUGGCAGCAGCAAGUGCACAUGCAGCACCAACACCAGCAGCAGCCACAAUCACAACAACAGCAGCAGCAGCAGCAGCAGCAAGCCGAACCCAACAACGGCAUGUCGAACUAUGGGUACAAACCGGGGCCACCAAACUUGUUCCCACCGCAGGGUCACAAUCCGGGGAAUCCAUCGACGACUCUGCUCGCGCAGCAAAUGGCUCAGCAACAGCAACAGCAGCAGGCCAUGGCCGCCGCUGGUCUUGGACACCUGACGCCGCAGCAGCAACACGCCUACAUCCAAGCCAGGCAAGCCCAGAUGCAAGCCCAGGCUCAGCAGGCGCAGGCUCAAGGGGCCCAGAACGGUGGAUCCGUGGCCCCUCCUCCUUUGCCGGGUCAGCCUCGAUUCGACUUUGCGAACCAGCAUCAGCCACCGCAGUCUUCGCAACAGAUGGGAGGUUUUGUACAGUCACCUUUUGGUGCGUCUCAACAGCAGCAGCAGCAGAUGCCCCAUCCCGGCUCGGCGACUCAAGCAAUCUCGAUGGAUGUGCAAGCCUUCAUGCGAGCGUUCUUGGCCCAAGGACCGAUCACUCCCGAGCGAUUCGCCGCUUUACCGCCGCAGCAACAGCAAAUCGUCUCUCAUGUCAUGCGCCAACGCCGACUUGCCCAGCAGCAGGCGCAAGCACAAGCUCAAGCUCAAGCGCAAGCGCAGGCUUCCGGGCCCGCUCAAGGGCAGCUUCCAUCGCAGCUGGGUAACAGUGGGACCUGUCAACCGAAUGGGGUGCCCAUCUCUUCAAUGCCUCAACCCUCCUCGGGAGCACCGGCAGCUUCAGGCAUGAGUCACCCGUCUCCAACACCGACCCUCCCCGGAGUUACAAACGGACAACCCAUGGCAACGGCUACGGCAAUACCAGCGGCACCAAAUCCGAAAUCGAGCACCAUUUCUGCACCGAGUCCAAUGAGUGCUCCAUCUCCGAUAGCUGCUGCUCAGAUGACCGGCGCCAAUGCAGCGUCCUCAACGCCUCAGCUGCAGCCAGGGGCCUCUACGAGCUUUCUGCGAGCGAUCAUGGAUUUCUAUCAAAAGCGAGGCAUGACAUGGCCCGGUGCACCGACCAUCGAAGACAGGACGGUGGAUCUGAGCGCUCUGUAUGCUUGUGAGUCGGACAUUGCUUGUCGUUGCCCCUUCUCGAGAACGCUGCCCGUUGAUCCAGCAAUCUUCGUCACCUACCUUCCAGUCGUUAUGCGGGGUGGUGGUUUCCAACGUGUGCACACCGCGGGGCAGUGGCGACAGAUUGCCCACGUGCUUGGGUUCCCUGCGCCCACGCCUGCGGCCCAACCCGAGUCGCGGUGUCAACAGAUCGCAGCAGCCUACCACUCGAUCAUCCUUCCUUUCGAGACGGCUUUCGUACACAUGCGCGCCCAGCAACAACAGCAGCAAGCCGUUCAGGCCAUGCGCGCAGCACAGGCAGCUGGUCAAGGUGUACCCGCACCGAAUGGAGUACCUUCGUCAGGUCCUCCACCUGUGACACUUGCAAAUGGAUCGGUUGUGCUCGCGGGGCCAGCUUUUACUGCGCCAGUCCCAAUGGUUACCCCCGGCCCCAACCCCACUCCUAUUCCCGUCCCCGUAUCUACCCCUUUCCCCUUUCCCCAAGCCGCACCUGUCCCUAGCUCCAGCGCCAUGCCACCCGCAGGUAUGAACCGAGCACCUUUCGCUGGACCGGUCGCAUCCCCCAUUAUGCCUGCACCCGUGGCGCCGAUAACUGCCCCGGUGCAGUCUGCGCCAAACCCUGCGCUCGCGGCUGCAAUCAAUGCUCGAAUGGGAACCACGGAUCGCAAAGGCAAGGGUAAAGCGAAGGAAGAACCGACGCCAGUGGCUUCUCUUCCUGCUGGGAAUGGUACGUUCAUGGUGAUCCGCCCCCCUCUGGGAAGCGCACGCACGAGCUGACUCUUACUGGGGAUGUGCGAUGACUUCCUCAGGCAAAGGAGCUGCACCAUCACAACAAACCCAGCAGCAGCGGCCGUUCCGAGGUCCGGAAACCUCAUUCGCUACCAAGCCAAUGUUGCCCCCUCCUGCUCCGGUCGUCCCGCCGCGGCGGAAGCGACAAAAGAUAGCAUAUCAUCCCUUGACACGCGUUGUUGAUACGCACGCCGGCUGGGAUCUUGGCGCAGUCGAGGAAGGGCUGCAUACUGUGACAACGCGUAAACGACCUCGUGUCGCUGCGGACCUCAACGUCAUCGAUGUGCCUUCGCUCGUGAUGUCGCUGAAGAGUCGCCUGGCGAGCGAAGUCGCGUUCGCGCUUAAUGCGCUGACGUUGGUCUCCUUGUCGAUGAGGAUCGUACCACAGGACAACCAGUCGAUUCCUUUCCCUCUGGCCAACUGUGGUGCCCUUCUCGAGGAGCUGGUCGAACUGCUCGAAGAAGUCGCUUUCGGCCUGCCAGUGGAUGAGGACGACCCGGAGGAUGCCCUGGGACAAAGCGAAGAUGCCACGUUACUCAACGAUCAACUGGGCGAACACGUCAGCGCCAGUGCAUCCAAACAAGCCCAUGUUUUCGGUCUGAUGCCUCGAAGCUAUCGCGAGCUGUUCAAGCUGGUAGUUCAGGAGGAGAGUGAACUGCGCGACGGGAUGCGGAUCGGGUCGAGCGACAAGCAGGACCCUAUCGCCUUAGCCAACAACGUUGCCGUCCCAUUGGGUCGAAUCGAAACGGUCUUAUCGCUGACAAAUCUGCUGCGCAAUCUGUCGAUUUCGGACGACAAUGCGCGCUUCAUGGCUUCGGAUCGAUGGCGCGUGCUCGAGGUGCUACUCCGAAUUGCCAAACUCCCACUGCGACGCAACUCCGCGACGCCCGACCCGACUCAAUGGCCUCUCCGAAUUUCGGCCGGUGACCUCAUGGUUGUGCGGAAAGAUGUGCUCGAAACGAUCAAUAAUCUCGGACUCGAAGUCAAGCUUGAGGAUCUCACCGCGCCCACCGCUCGGGCCUUGUUCGACCUCUUGAUGUUCUUUUUGCGCGACGCGGACCACCACGACCAACUCUAUUUCGAUCUCUCGACAUCGCCGUCGAUAUCCUCUCGUAUCGUCCAACCCAAUACCGUGCAAGUGUCGCACUACCUCGAGCUCGGCGUCUCGGCAUUCGCGAGAACGACGGUCCUGGAUGCGAAUCGUUACGUCGUCGCUGAUCUUGCCGUCGACACGGACCUGUACGCGCUCUUCGAAUCCUUGAUUCACCUACUCCCGAUCACCGAAAGAGAUUUCCAACUUGUUACAACCGAAGCGGGCCUCGUCUUUGUCGAAAAUCUUGCCAUGUCGCUGUACAACCUCGCCUUCCUCGCCCCACUCGAGCUGAAGAUGCGGCUGCGCGAGAUGCCUGCAUUCAUCAAAGCCCUUUUGCGCGUCGUUCGUCGACUGGCGGGGACGAUGACGAACCCAUCCGAGAACGCUUUCCUGACCUUGUCGGAUCGGUGUAUCUCGACGCUGCAGCUGCUUUCCGACUGCGGCGGCGUCGUCGGUGGCGUGGGCGGAGCGCGCGAUCAAAACGAUGUCAUGUGGUGGGGUCUGAGCAUGUCAGGGUCCCAAGAGGACCGGCCGCUGCAAGCGAUGCCGACAGAGGCCGACCAUGGCACGGUCAAGCCCCGCCUGCCGUCGCAGGGAACGAAGCAGGUGACGAUUCCGAUCCUGACGGGCGAAACGAGGAGUCUUUUGGAAUGGCUUCACUCGGGAUCCCUGACGAGUGUAUUUGGUCAGCUAGCGGCGAUGACUAACACGGUUGGAUCGAAGCAGUGA